UAUAAUACAAAAGCUAGUACUUCAUCUUUCUAUCUCCCUUUGCCAGUGACUAUUACACUCUAUAGGGCAUAAUCUUAACAAGUUCAAUGAAAUAUCAUCGUCGCUGAUUUUGAUAAGGACCGUCGCUAGUGUGUACGAGGUGGUAAAAUCUUCUGUUUGUUCAACUGUAACUUAUGCAAGUAUCCGGAAGGCUAAGUCGCCAUUCAAGAGGAAUAUUCUUCCUUCAGACUUCUUGUAAUUCCUUUCAAUUCUUUUCUAUCUAUCUUAUCGUCAGUUUUGACAAGGUAUUUCUUACAAAUGAUGCAUCAAGCCCAUUUGCAAUGCUCCUUGUGUGGCUACGGCUGUGGUGAAAUACAAUGGACGGCAUUGUUUUGUGCUGGUAAGUUAAUUAAUAGUCCAGAAUGAUUAAUUUACUGAAACAAUUGCAUCUAUAGUACUGCGAACUCAAGAUGAGGAUAUGGUUCUUACCCAUCCAAAAUAUACCUCACCUUCCAUCAGCUUCCGCCUUAUAACAUUUCCUUAUACAAGCUCUAAAAAUUCCAAUCAUCGAGAGAUCAAGGUUUAUUGCCAACGAAGAAUUCUUGGCAGUUUCAAUUGCUUUCUCGUUCACCAUGUUUGUCUUCAAACCUUGCAAGACAUACUAAAGAUGGAUAUACCACCUAAAGUUUUAUUUGCGUUUUGCCAAGCUUUAACAGAGGAUUGGAUAAGAAAGGAUGGCGCAUCAAGAUAUAAGAGUCAAUCUUUAGGUGGAGUUACUAAACCCUUUAUAAAAUACAUUAUCUAACUAUAUUAUAGCCAAUUUCGAUGUAUCUACUCCAAUGUUCAAAAUAUUACCACCAUCGGAAAAUAACCCAAAUCUCAAUCACGAAUCAAAAAUCGAUAAACUACCGUUAGAAAUAAUAUGGAUGAUUUUACACUAUCUUGACUCAAAAUCGCGAUUCAGCUAUUUCAUCUCUAAUCGAUUUGCAUUAUCAUCAUCUACACAAUAUUCUCCUUGGCAACUUCUUCUCUCGUAUACAAAUUCAAUCUUAAAACAAUCGAUAACGAUACAAGACAUGGUAAUCUUUGCUCAUCGUAUAUUUGAUGAUAAUGAUUAUAUUGCUUUGGAUGGGUUAAUGUCGUGGAUACGAAUAUUGAACCAUUUGGCAUCUAUUUUGAAAGCUCGAUAUCCAUUAUACUCUUCGUCUUUCUGGAUCCCUCCUAAACCAAUCGAUAAUUUGCCUCAAAAGCAACAUUUCCCACUUGGACCUCGACAAAUUACAACACACAUACCUAAUGUACUUACAGGAUUUAAGGUGUAUUUAAUUUCAAUACACGGUCAAAAAUAUGUCUCUGGUUUAGAAGGUAUACCAUCUAGUACCCAGAUAUCCAUUGGAGUCUGCCAUGGUAUUUCAUACCACAUCUACUUUCGAACAAACCAAAUAUCCAGUCUCGGUUUCGUUGUUGAUCCGUUGGGUAUACGCAGUCUUAAAUUCGGCGAGUCUGGAUGGUCAUCUGAGGUUCCUUCUACUUUGAAUUGGUUCGAAGGUAUUAGCAUCAAUAAUGAUUCGAACAAUCAAUUAGUUGUUUUUACAGAUGUGAGCUUUUAUGGUUUAGUUCACUUAAACAAUUGCUAAUUCUCCCAGGCUUUAAAAUUUCGACAAAUCUACUGGCAGUACAACUCGAAUACCAGCUUAUCCUUCCCUGAAACUAUCAUUAUGAAGCCCUUUCAAAUGGGAGUAUUAUCGUCAGAGUAUUAUAUAAAUCGAGGCAAUGUUAGAAUGUCUUCUUAUGGAACACAUGAGGUACCAACGGAAUCGGUAUUCUUUGAUGAGGAUGUGUUUGCGAUAUCUGUGAGAUUGCAAGAUGGCGUUGGGGUUACUGGUGUUUGUGUGCAUUCAACGACAAGGUUGCAGACUAUUGGAAAACCCAAUGAUGAGUCAUCAAUAUAUUUCCAAAUUCAACCUUAUAAAGAGAAAAUUGAUAAAAUUUGGGUAUGGAAUUUCCCAGGGUUAUAUCUUACAGUAUGUUAUAUCUUCUAUUUUUAUUUUAUAAGGGCAAAAAUAACAGUUUUUUAGAUCCAUACCACCUUAGGUCGAUCCCAAUAUUUUGGUGCGACAGGAGGCCCAGAGUCUACAGAUACAUACAAAAGUUUCCAGCCAUCGCAAGGGCAGUUUAUACGAGGCUGCUAUUUUUGGUUCUACGCCCUUGCUAUUGAAUGUUUUGGUAUUGUAUAUUAAAAUUUCAAUUAGGAUCAUCACAAUCUGUUAGUUUGAAGCAACACCACAGCAAGCACUUAGAGUUGACGUAUAAGGAUUAUCAUUUAUAUCAAUGGUUGAACAAUAUCUCCUUUACAUUUGCAUUAGAGCAUAGGGAAAACCAUAGACAAGGGUAGAAAACCUAUGUUAAGGAGUCUGAGAAAAAAGUAUCACAUCAUCUUAUCCCA